AUGGCUAACUCUUAUGCUCUCUUUGCUGAUUUGAAGGCCAGGCGUUGUUCUCACACGGCGAAGGCGAGAAACACCAACAGAAACAGCAGCAGAUCCGGUGAACUGAUGAGUCUUGACAUGUUGCUGAUUGAUGAGAAUUCAACUCUGAUGCAAGCAUCCAUUGCUGCGGCUCGAGAGGUCAGAUUCAGGCAGAGUUUAACCGAAGGUUCUGUCUACAGUCUAGCCGGGUUUGAUGUCACACGCAGCAACCCAAAAUACCGGUUAUCUGAUGCAGCAACAGACGUGAACGUGUGUGUGAGUAUGUUUGACUCCCAGGCUCUUGCAUUCCAGGCCGAUUUGAUAGCUACAGGAGAGAGCCCAGAGUAG